GUAUGGGUACCGUGAUAAUUUAUUCAUCGUAUCUGGUCAGCCAGCAAGAUGGCGCUGAGCCGAGGCUGCCUGUCAGGCCUGGCGCGGAGGGACUGGUGGCUGGAUGCCGGCUCAAGAUGUCUGACAGUUUCAGCGGUCUCACUGCAUAAAACACGAUGGAUGCCGACGGCACCAUCCAAGGUGUAUCGCGUGCCCAAGCGGCCGGAGAUCCCACAGGAAGACCGGGUGGAACUAAAAAACCUCUACAACAGUUACCGAACGGCAAUGAAGUCAUUGAAUGGGUACCUGCGCGCCGACUGGCAGCGGCGUCAGAGCAGCCGCGCCCAGCCCGGUCACGUGCUGUCGCCAGAGGAGGAGGAGGCGGAGCACCGCCAGCUGAUGGAGUUCAACCGGGCCGAGAACGCGCGCAUGGCCGCCGAGCGUCAGGCUAGGCUGAGUGCUCAGGCGGAGGCGAUCCGGAGGAAGGUGGAGCGUCUGCAGCAGGAUGCCGUGGAGCAGCAGCAGCGUGACCACGAGUCGGCCGUCAGCCUGAUCCGCACACAGGAGGAGAUAUCACGUUUAUACAUCCCUCGGGAGAAGCUGGAAGAGGCCAUAGAGAACGCCAUAAACAACGAGACUGACUACAACUACGCCAUCGACCGGGAGGGCCGGCGGUGCGAGGGCCGUCUCACCAGGCCGUCGUAGCGUCUCAGAGCCGCGGGAGCCGGCCGGCUGGGGACGCCGCUGAUGUGGCUGCCGCUGUGAGCCGAGACUGCUCAGCGCUCGCCGGACACCGUGCGUUACACUCAAACUGGGCGCGGCGAGUGGCUACCGUGACUACUUGUGUCUCCCAAGGCAUUGCGAGGCGGUUUCGAUGUUUUUUUUUUUAGUGUGGAAUGCUUGUGAUUGUCGAGUCUGAUGAAGUAUCGAAGAGAUGGCACUAUUGUGUUUUAGUGUAUCGCUAUUCGUUUUUGUGAAACAUGGAGGUCCUGAUAUUGGCCUUUUUAUAAUUGAUAUUGAAAAGGAAUUUCGAGAAAUAAGAUGCACGAAUCCGUAAAGUAACUUUCGUAAACGGAACUGGUUUUCCUCGAGUUGUCUGCUUUAACCCGCGCCCCGUUGGGCUCUGCCGAGCAACGCGCCCCGUUGGGGGGGGGGGGGCAUUUUGGCCCCCCCUAAGAUCUCGAGAACCACGCAACCUAGCGACAAGCGGCAAACGGUGUUGGAUAGCCCUAUCAGGGAACUACCUUGUGACCCAAUUUUAUUGACCUAGGUCAAACCGAUGACGUCACAGGUCAGGUCAAAGGUCCAAUUUUCACCGUUUACAGGCAUUUCAAGAAAUGCGUUGUAAAAUCGAGUAAAAUGCAUUUCAUUGAAAAACAUCGAUGGGGAAAUGUUCUUCAAACACAUAUUUUGCUAUUUGAGGUCACUGAUACCAGGUCCGGUCACAGAGGUCAGGUCACUGGGGGGUCACAAUAUGAAAGUGUCGUGUGAUACAUGUUUUAUGGUCCAUUUUACAUGAAAAAUGCGAUUAUGUGGGUCAGACAGCCUUUGGGGCCAGCUUAGGUCACGUUUUGGUCAAGGUCAGGUCAAAUUAGGUCAAAUUUCAAAGCUGAUAUUUUUGCAUAAAAUGGGUAUCGAAUCGAUGCAGCUCGUCACGGGGAGUUCAAUGGUGGUCUUUGUUUUGCCGUACGUGGUCUAGAAUCGCUAAAAAUUGAGUUAAAAAUUUGACGUCAUCAUUUUAGUUUUUUCGCUAUAACUUGGCCAAAAAACGAGAUAUCGAUCUAAAAUUUGGUAUGCAUAUAGAAGAGCGCAGGGACUAUCACAUAUAUUCCGUUUUUUCGAAAUUCGGAAUUUUUUUGAUUUUUUUUAGUUUUUCUAAAAACAUCAAUUUUUGAAUUUUUUAGGGUCAAAAAUCCAAAAUUUUGAAAAUCCGAGAUAGCAGUUUUGUAGCGCUGCUUUUUGUCUACCAGACCAUUUAAAGAACUUUGAAAUUGCUUGAUAACUGUAGAUUUGGUGAGCGUUUCAAGAUCGCAUGUUUUUUGCUCAUUUUUGCUCAAACAUGACCUCAGUUUGACCUCAAUAACUCCUGACCUAAGGUGACCUAAGACUUGAAAUUUGGUGUGAAGGUGUCAAAUUGAUGCCCGGGAAGGUACUGAAAAUUUGGUGGCGCUGCGCGCCGCCGUUUUCUUGCUAUUCAGGAAAAACCACAGGGGGGCCAAAAUGCCCCCCCCCCCCCAACGGGGCGAGGGCAGUUCAAGUGGCUCUCGAUAACACACCUAGGCGGAUGAAACUUUGGCUGGCGAAACGUGAUUAUGAAAUGUCUAAAAAAAAGUCUUCUUCAGUUUAUAGAGUAGGGAUCAUGUCAUGAUCAUGAUCAAAGGAUCAUGUCGACUAUGAAGUUCCAGAGUUUAGAAUUGCUGAAGCUACUUAAGUCUCCUCCAAAUCGAAAGAGGUCGACUGCACGGGGCAAUGUUUAUAUGGAUUUUUAUACGUUGCCAGGCGGGUGAUACAAACAUUACCGACACAUUGGUCAGACAAACAGAUUUCUCCACACCACCACACCAUGGUCGCCGAUUCCGUGACACACCUCAGUGAUCGCGAUAGCCCCAGCCGACCUCUGUACCCCCCCCCCCCCCCCACACACACGGUAUGCCGCCGCGAUCCCACAGAGGUCACGUGACGCGGAUGGCCCCGGCGGUAAUCUGCCGACGGCGCGCGGACUUCGGUCCGGCCGGUGGCUAUCUGGCGCCGUCAGCGGUCGGCCGGCGGCCAUUAGACGCCACCAGUGGCCGGCAGCCGGCGGAAGGGUGCAGUGACUGUGACUCGGCUAGCCUUUCCCCUGCCGCCACCAUGCUGUUCUCUCUGGCGAUGGCCGCUGUGGUGACGCUGGCCCUGUACCGACUGUACGCCGGCGACGUGCCGCCGCGCGUCAUGUUCGACGUCUACACGCGCCCGGGCAUCUUCUACUACCCCAAGGUGGCCACCUUCUGGCUCUUCCUCACCUUCAGGAAGUGGAAGGCGGCGCGGGACCAGCGGCGCGGAGCCCAGCCGGGCACCGCCGCCGGCUACGGUGUCAAGUCGCGCGCCUCGCCGGCUGAGAUGGACUGCGUGCAGCCGCUGGCCGAGCACCCGCGCGCACUGGACGCCGUGCUGUUCCAGGGCGCGGCCGGCGACGGCUCGUGGCUGGUGCUGGCGCUGGCGCGGCGGCCGCGCGGCGUCUCCAACACCAUCUGUCUGGUGACGCUGCCGGGCGUGGGCACGCUGCAGAUGGAGCGCCACCCUGACACCACCGUGUUCGGCGACGAGCACUCGCACGCCGGCGGCGGGUUCCGGCUCACGCCGCUGGAACCUAUGCGCUGCUGGAGACUCCAAUUCUCCGGAAAAAUGCGGCUCGACGAGAAACUGGUGGACGUGACGUUCGACCUGACGUACCGCUCCGACUUGCCCUACUUCGACUUCGACACGGACAUGGCGCCGCUGGCGGUGGCGCGCGCCAUGGCGCUCGAGCCGUGGACGCGGGAGUUCUUCGAGCGACUGCGGGACGCGCACCAGACGCACUACGAGCAGAUCGGCACCACGAGCGGCACGGUGACGGUAUCGGGCCGCGAGCACCGGCUCCAGGUGACCGGUAUGCGCGACCACAGCUACGCGCGCUACCGCGACUGGACGCUGCUGCACCGCUACGGCCUGCACACGCUCAUCAUGGAGGACGGCACGCGCGCCCAGGUCGGCGUCGUCUCGCAGCCCUACUCAUUCUCGCGGAUCGAGCUCGGCUAUCUGUACACCCCGGAGGGCCGACUGCACGCGCUCGACUGGUGCGAUCUGGAGCUGGGCUACCACGGCGAGCAGGGCACUCCGCCGGCCGACUACGGCUUCAGCUUCGGCGCCGGCGGCCGCACCUACCACGCGCUGGUCAAGGUGGAGGACGUCCAGGAGGUGUACAUCGGCUGGGAGUGGGAGGCGCGCAUCCUGGAGCGCCGCUGCUCGUACCGCGUCAACGGCCUGUCGGCGCACGGCGUGUCCGAGUGGUACUACCGGCACCACGGCGGCCGGCCGGAGCGCUACGUGAGCGCCGACCCCGCCUGGAGCCGCGACAUCGAGAAAUGAGACCCACCGCCGGGAGCCGCGACAUCGGGAAAUGAGAUCGUGCCCUGACGAACAUGGUCUGGGUGGGAAAGUGGCCAUGAAUGCGAAAAGUGAAAGACAUACAAAGAGGCGUUGAAUUGUCAUUACAUUUACAAUUAUGCUGUGUUGUGAUUAUAUGCAUUUUUAUAAGUCCGCAAUCCGCAUAUGCAUAGAAAACGAUACCUAUGUAGUACACUACAGACAACGGAACAAUGCGGACUAGGAAUAAAGCACGAGCAAAGGGCAUCCUUUUGUCUGAUCGCCCCUCCCCCCCCCCCCCACACACACUUGUCCCAAGAGGUCCAGUAUGAGUGUAAAUUGAACGCUGUAAUGACCAAA